UCUCCGGCAGCAGGGCCUGCAAAAAUAGCCGGAGCCAUCACAGGCGCCUACUUGGAAGAGAGCCCUGGCUUCCCCUGGUCCUUGCCUGCCUCCAGCUGUCACUCUCCAUCCUGCCCUUUAAGGCCAAAAGGCUUGGAAGAAAGCCCUCCCUACCCCGUCUCUUGUCCGCUGCCAUUCAUCCUUACCACACUGUCGACAGCAAAAGGCCAGCAAAGCCAUUCCGACCCCUCCAGCCAAUUAACUGAGGAGACCGUGAAAAGGAAGCUUCUGGGGCAGAGCGGAAGCAGGCUGACGCUGGGGAUGGCGAUGGCACUGGCGAAUGCGCACUCCCCAGCUCCUCUGAAUCUGAAGAAGGAGGGGCCGCGGACAGGGAAGGAGGAUCGCUGCUCUACUUGGGGACAGGGGUUCAGGCUACCAGGAAAGAGCUCAGGCCUCGGACAAGAGCCACUGUGCAAACAGUUCAGGCAGUUGCGGUAUGAAGAGACCACAGGGCCCCGCGAGGCGCUGAGCCGGCUGCGGGAGCUCUGCCGACGCUGGCUGCGGCCCGAGACGCGCAGCAAGGAGCAGAUCGUGGAGCUGCUGGUGCUGGAGCAGUUCCUGACCAUCCUGCCCGAGGAGCUGCAGGCCCGGGUGCGGGAGCGCCGCCCGGAGAGUGGGGACGAGGUGGUGGUCAUGCUGGAGCACCUGCAGCUGGAGCUUGGGAAGGCAGGACAGCGAGCGGACCCAGACCAGGCAAAGAAGCAGAAGGUGCUUGCAGAGGAGGCGGCCCCUGUGGCAGCGGUGCGGGAACCACAGGUCCAGGCUGAGCGGGACGUUCCGGGGCCUGAAGAAGAGAAGGGUGAGGGGACAAAGACUGAGAAUGGGAAGAUGGUUGUACAGACAGACUCUCAUGGAGGAGCGGAAUCAUCUGGGAAAGUGUCUGAACCUGUAGAACCUGGUCCUAAGGACCCGAACUUGGAACAGCAGCAGGUCAGGCCCACGGAGAAGACUGAGUGUAAAUGCUCAGAAUGUGGGGAGGGCUUCACCCAGAGCUCAGACCUGAUUAGACACGAAGGGACGCACGCAGAAGGAAAGCUCUGUGGCUCUGAGGCUUGUCAGAGUCCCAGGCCUGUGGUACAUCAGAAAGUCUGCUCGAGAGAGAAGGGUCAUCAGUGUCACGAGUGUGGGAAAGCCUUUCAGAGAAGUUCACACCUUGUCAGACACCAGAAAAUCCAUCUUGGCGAGAAGCCUUAUCAGUGCAAAGAGUGUGGAAAGGUCUUUAGCCAGAAUGCAGGCCUUUUGGAACACCUCAGGAUCCAUACUGGAGAGAAACCUUACCUGUGCAUCCAUUGUGGGAAGAACUUCAGGCGCAGCUCCCACCUCAACCGACACCAGAGAAUUCACAGCCAGGAGGAGCCCUGUGAGUGCAAGGAGUGUGGGAAGACCUUCAGUCAGGCCCUUUUCCUCACGCACCACCAGAGAAUCCACAGCCACUCCAGAAGCCAUCGCUGUAACGAGUGCGGGAAAGCCUUCGGUUUGACCUCAGACCUCAUCCGCCAUCACAGGAUUCACACCGGAGAAAAGCCUUUUAAGUGUGCCAUAUGCCAGAAAGCCUUCCGACUGAACUCCCACCUGGCCCAGCACGUGAGAAUCCACAAUGAAGAAAAACCCUAUAAGUGUAGUGAGUGUGGCGAAGCCUUCAGGCAGAGGUCGGGGCUUUUUCAGCAUCAAAGAUAUCACCACAAACACAGUCCACCUUGAUGGGGCAUCCUCUCUGCAGGAACAUCAGGGACAGUAUGUUGACAAGCAAGCAGCACUUUAGGAAGAGUCACUCCAGCCGGUUCGAGCCUCCGAGAACUCCAGGGGCCAAGCAGGAGGCUCUGCCCCUUCACGUGUGCUCAGCUGCGGAGCACAAUUAAUUGACCCUCAAUGGGACUAUGGGAACAAGCAGAACAGCAUUCUUCACUGCGGGACUUCUCUGAGCCUUUAACUUGGUAAAUGUAUGAUUGCAGACCUCCAAGUAGUAGAGACCCUCAUGAUGGGUGAGGACUUUGAAGUCAGCAGUGAGUCAGCCAAGUACCUAUGGAUUUAUAGGCUUGAACGGAGCAAGAACAGGUCGAUACGUUUGCAUCUGCUACAGCAACAGCUAUAAAGUAAAACUAAAGAUGUUUGGAAAUAUCCCACUCUCAAAGGGAUCUUAAAGUGCAGGUUAAGGGGGCGCCUGAGUGGC